AUGGUCAUUUCUGUUUCAGAGAACUGCACUAUCUGUGGAAUAUUCCGGAUCUCUGCCCACUGCGCCACCUGCCUGCUGGGGCUGUGCUCAGAGUGUGACCGGCUGUACCACUCCUACCCAGAGAGGGCCAACCACCGACGAACAGCUGUCUCUUCCUUGUUAUCUUCAUCAUCAUCACAAAACAAAAACAGUCACAGUUCUUCCACCUGGUGUUGCCUGCACUGCACUAAAGUCAACUCUGUCAACAACGUGCUGUGUGAGGAGUGUGAGCGCCCUCGCUUGGAGUUGAUCAGCUCUAAAGCAGAUGAAUCUCAGCCUGCCACCGUCACUGAGUGGCAGUGCAAGAGCUGCACCAUGGUGAAUGCAGCCAGCAGUAUUCUGUGUGAAGUGUGUGAAAGACCGCGUUUAGCCACACGACCUCCAGUGACCCCGUCACACCCACCAAUCACACCCCCUAGACCUCCAGCACCAGUACUGGGCAUGCCCGGUGACCCAGAUAGCCAG